AUGUCUGAUAAUACUCUGAAAUUCGCAUCUCCAUGCCAGUCUUUUGUUGACACUUCAUUCUUCCAGGAGUUAAGUCGGCUGAAGUUAGAUGUGCUGAAGUUAGACUCUGAAAGAAAAGGGUUGUAUUGCACUCUGAACUUGGAGAAUACACCAAAAGGAGCAUCCUGUGCUCAUCUCUUCCUAAACUCACAAUCUUUUGAUGAAAGCUCUUCCCAGACUUCGGGGAGUAUUUUCCCAGGAUCUAUCUAUAAUUUCAAUACCAUUGAGCAAUUCAAAAGUUUAGACAAAACACAGUUCAUCCAGGAAAGAGCACAAGAGUUGUGGAUCAGUGGUAUUCAAAAUCCUAAUGAAGUUGUUGGAUUCUCUAUAAUUAGCUUUGCUGAUUUAAAGAAGUUUAAGUUUUUUUAUUGGGUUUGCAUUCCAUGUUUUCAAAUUCAAGAUCCAUCCUGGAAAAUUGUAUUAGUGCAAAAGGGUCACCUGCAUAACUGUCAAGAGUAUAUCGACUGGUUUAGAGAUAGGAAGGACGCCUGGUCAUUCAUAAUUGAUUCACAUCGAAAUGUCCUUGAAUUCAACGAAAAAACCGCGAUCGAUUGCGCUGUCCUUGGAAUAAGGGAUACGAGUAACCUUGAUAUGAUUCCUUCUGCCUUAACCAAGAACUUUAUAUCGCUGAUGAAGUAUUUCAGGCGAUCUCUGUCAUCAUUGAAAAUCUACUGUAUAAGACCAGAUGUGGAAUGUUGUUUUUGGAUGGAUAUUAACCUCCCAGGUGAAUUAAGUUCUACAGAUGUCAGGAUCAAGGCAUCGGGUUGGGAGCGCAACACCCAAAAUAAGCUGACUCCAAGAGCAAUUGAUUUGAGCUCUUUAAUUGAUCCAAUGAAAGUUGCAGACCAAUCUAUCGACCUGAAUCUUAAACUAAUGAAAUGGCGAAUAGCGCCAGAACUUAACUUAGAUGUCGUGAAGGAAUCGAAGAUUUUACUUCUGGGAGCGGGAACUCUUGGAUGCUACGUCGCUAGGUCUCUUCUCGCAUGGGGAGUCAGGAAGCUUACCUUUGUAGAUAACAGCACCGUGUCAUUUUCAAACCCUGUUCGUCAGCCAUUAUUUAACUUUGACGAUUGUGGUCAACCAAAAGCACAUACGGCAGCUUUAGCGCUCAAGAAGAUAUUUCCAUUGGUUGAUGCAAGUGGAUAUUGUUUAGAAGUGCCGAUGAUAGGGCAUCCGGUAUCCCAAGAAGAGAAGCAGAGGUCAGACUAUGAACAACUUAAAGAGCUGAUAGAUAAUCACGAUGUCAUCUUCCUUUUGAUGGACUCUAGAGAAACUAGAUGGCUUCCAACCGUGUUGGCAUAUGCUGCCAAUAAAAUAGUUAUAAACGCCGCUUUGGGAUUUGACAGCUAUUUGGUCAUGAGGCAUGGACACUACACGGGAGAUGAUAAGAAACAGCGCUUAGGCUGUUAUUUCUGCCAAGAUAUUGUAGCUCCUUCAGACAGUCUAACGGAUAGGACACUAGAUCAGAUGUGUACAGUGACAAGACCAGGAGUGGCUUUGAUGGCGGCUGCCCAGGCUGUAGAAUUACUGGUGUCGAUAUUGCAACAUCCACAAAAACACUCUACACAAGCAUCUGAUGGUAUUCUCGGAGAUAUCCCACACCAAAUUCGCGGGUUUUUGAGUGAAUUUAAAACGUUGCAACUGGAAACGCCUGCUUACGAGUUUUGUUCUGCGUGCAGCUGCCUCGUCAUCGAGGAAUUUAAAAGUCGCGGAUGGGAAUUCGUUAAGCAAGCUUUGAAUAACUACAAAUAUGUGGAAGAAGUGUGUGGUUUGACAAACGUUCAAUUAGAAGCCGAGAAGAUGGCAGAAAAUGUUCUAGUUGAUUGGAAAGACGAUGAGGACGGUGAAUUGAUUUGA